CUACAUAUAAUAACCCGACAAAGAGCUUUUGUUGCAAAUAUUCUGGAGCAUCUGUAGCUGUUUCUGCCUCUAAUCUGGUCGGAUCCAGCCUCCAUAAGAUUUCUGGAGAAGAUGAAGUGCUCACUUAUUUGUUUCCUGCUUGUGUUUGCCAUUGCGUCAGGCUCUGACUGGGAACCAAAAGGCAACGAAGAGCUCGUCAGCAUCCGAGAUGAAUGCUUCAAAUUGGAAAAUGUCUCUGAGGAAAGUGCAGCCAAGAUCCUGAAAAAUGAGUACCCAGACGAGCCCUCAGUUCAUUGCUACGUAAGAUGCACUUCAGCGAAAGUUGGUACGUGGGAUGACGAGGCAGGCCCAGACAUUGACAGAACACUAAGGCAGAUCCAGAAAUCGGGUAAUACCAUCACUCGGGAAGAGCUGGUUAGGUGCAAACCUGAAAAACAGGAAAACAAGUGUUUGUGGGCAUAUAAGGGAUUGAUGUGUAUCUUAAAAAGUGAAGGGAUUAAAGAUGAUUUAAUUAAGUAAUCUAGGCUAAUUUUU